AUGCCUGCCCAGCGAACGAGAUGGACGCUCGUGGCGACUCUGUCGCUCCUUGCUUCUACUUCCUGCGCCCAGACCAUUGUUGUCGACGGCAAAACUGUUUCCGCCGACUAUGAUACCGUUGCGCCUGCUGUGGACAGCAUCUCAUCAAACGCUCGCCUACUGCCCGGCUUUGAGAACCUGCAGUUGACCGACAAUGUGCUCGCCAACUUGACCAACCUGCAACUGAGCAACAUUUCUCUCUUCCAUUUCGAUGACAACAAGAACCUUGACUCUACCCCCAAAUGUAAGAGUCUGCCCGGGGAUCUGCUAUAUCCUGGGAAGAUUGAGUGGAAGGUCUUUGACCUCCUCACUGGCGGUGCCCUGAUCAAGACGGUUCCUCUCGGGGCUGCUUGCUACGACGGGGAGCACUACGAUGCCGCCGUGUGCGACUACCUCCUCGCCAACUGGAGCAUCACGGAGACGCACGUCAACGACCCCUCGUCACUCAUGUCGCCUCUCUUUGCUGGCGCUACCUGUCAGCCCCAGAAUGGCGCGCUUGGCGAGGAGUGUACUCUUGGCGGGUUUCCCGAAUACUCGGUUAACGUCACUACCGUGGCCCAGAUUCAGCUGGCCGUCAACUUUGCGCGCAGUAGGAACAUCCGACUCGUUGUUCGCAACACUGGCCAUGAUUUCCUCGGCAGGAACACGGGCAAGGGUGCACUCUCCCUGUGGACACACCAUCUGAACGACAUCGAGGUGAUGGAUGAGUACGAGUCUGCCGAUGGCAGCUACAAGGGACCUGCAUUCAAGAUGGGCGCUGGCGUUCUUGUGCACGAGAUGUACGAGGUUGCCGAGAAGCACGGCUACACUGGCGUUGGCGGCGAGUGCCGCACAGUCGGCGUCACAGGCGGCUACACGCCCGGCGGUGGUCACUCCCCUGUCUCCUCGCUGUAUGGCAUGGCUGCCGAUCAGGUCCUCAGUGUUGACAUUGUGACACCCGAUGGCCGUUUCAUCACCGCCGACGAUACGCAGAACACCGAUCUCUUCUGGGCUAUCCGUGGAGGAGGCGCGGCUACCUGGGGCGUUGUCACCUCCAUGACCGUCCGCGUUCACGAGAAGAUCGCCGUGGCGGGCAUGGCCUGGGACACAACCACUACGGACAUGGGCAUCGACGACGAGACCUUUUGGAAGGCCAUUGAGGCCUACUGGUCGCGUUACCCCGAGUACGCCGAGUACCCUACCUAUGGCUACUGCCGAAUGUCUGGCCUGCCCGACGGCGGCUACGCCUGGAGGGGCAAGCCCUUUAUGAUCCCCGGCAUGACGCUCAGAGACUUCAAGAAGCUGGUCCAGCCUCUUCUCGACGAGUGGGAGGCCCUCGGUGUUGACCCCAAGCUCGAAUUCUUCGAGUACGACAACCUCUACUCUGCCUGGAAGAAACACUUCCCCACCGUGCCCGUCGGUGGUACCACUGCCCGUACCGCCAAUCGAUUACUGCCCAGGAAGAACUGGGAAGACGCUGAGCUUCUCAACAAGACGAUCAAGACCGUACGGAGCAUCGUCGAGGACGGCGCGUUCCUGGUGCACUACAACAUCAACGGCCCCAAGCCCGAGGGUGUCUCCGACAACGCCGUUAACCCUGCCUGGCGUGACACCAUGAUGUUCAACAUCAUCGGCGUUAUGUGGGACGCCAACGCGACCGAGGAGGAGAUUGCAGCCGCCAACAAGAAGCUCACGGGUGAUCUGUCUCAGCGUCUCAAGGACAUCAGCCCCGGUGCGGGUGCCUACAACAAUGAGGGGGACCUGAUGGAUCCCGAGUGGCAGGAGUCCUUUUACGGCCAGAACUAUGACCGGCUUUUGGAAAUCAAGAAGAAGAUUGACCCCCGGGAUCUCUUCUGGGCGCCCACGGCUGUCGGCAGUGAGGGCUGGGCCAUUGUGAACCAGGAGAAUGACCCCUUUAUCUCACAGGACGGUCGUCUGUGCCGCGUGAGCGCGUAG